UGGAUAUUCAUCUUUUCAGACUUCAGUCUCAUGCAGCAGUGUUUGGAUAUUAUUUUGUUUCCAGAUGUGUUCUGGUAAAGUGUUUCAUGAGAACAUUAGCUCAUCUGUAUUUAAAGCGCAAGUUCUUGGAUCUGUAUCUGUGUUUGCUGCUGGUGUUUUCUGUGAACGCGAUCGUCGGUCUGAUCUGAUCAAAAAGUUCAAAGCAACAGAUCGACGGACCGCGGCACUGAAAACUGAAACGCGCGUUCUGAACGGGUUUGCGAUCUGAUGGAGUAUUAUACACAUUCAUAAAAGAGAAAGAUUUUGCAGCUGUGUGAAGGCAACGGAACUGGAAAAUCACUACGAGACCGAUGAACAGAGGCGAGACUGAUUCCUCAUUCCGCGCCCCGUUAAAUUCUGUUCCGGUCUGAAGAGCGCGUCCUCGCGUGAACGACGCUUUAACCGGAGUGACUGAAGCAGUAAAUAAGUGUUUUGUUGUUGUUUUCGGUCAUGUGUUUACUGAAAGCUCUUCAGGACUGGUGUCGAGAUGUUUGUGAAGGUUACUCUGAUGUUCUGGUCACAGACAUGAGCUCUUCAUUCACAGAUGGACUGGCUUUCUGUGCGAUCAUCCACAGACACAGACCCGAUCUACUAGAUUUUCACUCACUGUCCAAACACAAUGUCUACGAGAACAUGCGUCUGGCGUUUGAUGUUGCGGAGCGUGAGCUGGGAAUUCCUGCUCUUUUAGAUCCGGAUGAGCUGGUGUCUGUGGAGGAGCCGGAUCAUCUGUCCAUCAUCACUUACGUCUCUCAGCUCUACUGUGUCUUAAGAGGACACUCUCAUGUCAGUCAGAAGAUUCCUGUGAACAAUGAAUCCAGCAGCACCAAACCACAAGACCAGACUCACACUCAGAAUGAUGGACGUCUCUCCACCUCAUCAGAGACUGACAUACAAGAACCGCCCAAACCUGCUCCCAGAAUGAGGGCGGAGCCUCAGGAACCUCCUCGCCCCGCUCCCAGAUCACCGGAUCAUCGCCCUGACAACGUCUCGUCUCAGAGUGUCAUCCAUAAGGAACAUCCCUGGAAGAAGCUGGUUGAUCCGGGUCCCUGGUAUCGUCUUCCUCCAGCUCCAGCUCCAUCCGCUCAUUCACGCCGCCAGCCUGCAACCUUUAACCCCUUCCUGGAGGAAGAUGAGGACGGGUCCAAUGAUGAAGAGACAAACCCUUCCAGUUGUGAAACCUCAGUUGCACACAAACCCCAAACCUUAUCCUCAGUUCCCAGCAUGCACCAGGCUGCAGCUCCUGUUCAUGGUUUCCCGCUCAUCAAGAGGAAGGUGAACACACACACACGCGUGUCAGAGAAGCAGGUGUGUGAGGAGCAGAAGACGCUGGAGGAGUGUCUGCUGGAGCUGGAGAGGAGAGGAGUGCAGCUGGAGAGAGAGAUGAGAAGAUGUAUCACCGAGAAACUUCUAGUCGACUGGUUCCUUCUGAUUCAUGAGAAGAGCAUGUUGGUGCGCAGAGACACAGAGCUGGGGUAUAUGGUGAAGCAGCAGCGUCUGGAGGAUCAACAGGUUGAUGUGGAGUUUGAGAUCAGAUGCCUCUUCAACAAACCAGAGCAGGACUGGAGCUCCGACGACAGACAACAGGAACAGCAGCUGAUGUCACGCCUGCUGUCAAUCAUCCAGCAGAGGAAUGACAUCAUCAGCAGCCUGGAUCAGGACAGAAAGAGGGAGGAGGAGGAGGAUGAGAUGCUGAUGGCUGUGAUCCAGAGGAUGGGUCACACAUCAGUAAUGGAACCAAAUGCACAUUUAAACCUGAUUUUACUGGGGACAUCACGAGCUGGAAAGAGUGCAUCAGGAAACACAAUACUGGGACGAAAUGCUUUUGUGACAAAUGAAAGUCCCCUUUCAGGCACACAAGAUGUUGCUGUUGUAUCCGGGACCGUCUUUGGGAUUCCAGUCACUGUUUAUGACACACCAGGAUUAUAUGAGAGUCAAAUCAAUGAGAAUCAGAUGCCACUCCAAUAUAAGAGUAUUUUCCAGAGUUGUGAAUCUGGUCCCUGUGUGUUUCUGCUGGUCAUCAAAGCCGACAGAUUCACUGCAGAAGAGAGAAGAACUCUGGAGAAGAUUGAGAGAUUUUUGGGACCAAACCGCUUGAAUAAAACCUGGAUUCUCUUCACCAGAGGAGAUGAACUGGAUAAAGGAAACACCACAAUAAAAGAAUUUGUUGUGAAAAAUGAAGCAUUGAAGACACUUGAGAAGUAUGAUCAGAGAUACCAUGUGUUCAACAACAUGAAGAGAGAAUCUAGUGACCAGGCCAGACUGCUGCUUGCAAAAAUUACCCAAACAUCAUGUCUGGUAAAUGCAUCAGAAGGAGGGACGCUGCCCAGACGGAUCACAACAGUCACAACAUUCACUGUUGAUCUUGAUGUUGUUAACCGUUCAUCUAGAAGGAUUGUUCUUCUGGGUAAAACUGGUUGUGGCAAGAGUACAUCUGGAAACACAAUACUGGGACAGAAAGUGUUUAAAUCUGAGGUUAGCUCAAAUUCAGUAACCUGUCAAUGUUCAGUGAAUCAUGCCACUGUUUCAGGUAGAUCUGUGACUGUAGUUGAUACUCCUGGAUUCUUUGACACACCAGAUGAGGUGAACACAGAUGAGCAGGUAAAGAAAGAGAUAGCGAGAAGUGUUUAUCUGUCCAGUCCUGGACCUCACGCUUUUCUCAUUGUUCUGCGUGCAAAUGACAGAUUCACUGAACAUGAGCAGCAGAUUCCUCAGCAGUCUGAGAUUAUGUUUGGUCAGGAGGUGUUAAAAUACUCCAUCAUUCUCUUCACUCAUGGAGAUCAGCUGAAAGGAGAGUCCAUAGAGAAUCUCAUUAAGGGGAACAGUAAAUUAAGACAUCUAGUUCAAGAGUGUGGAGACAGAUUUCAUGUCUUCAACAAUGAAGAUGAGAAUAACAGAGAGCAGGUGACAGAUCUGCUGCAGAAGAUUGACACAAUGAUAGAGCAGAAUGGAGGAGGACACUUCAGUAAUCAGAUGUAUGAAGAUGCUCAGAGAUUUAGACAAGAGGAAGAAAAGAGGAGACAGAGAGAGGAAGAAUGGAGAAAAGAGGAGAAUGAAAGAGUCAGAGUCCAGAAUAUCAGAGCAGAGUAUGAAGCUCAAGGACUUGAAUGGAGAAAAAAACAGGAGAUUGAGAGAGUUAGAAAGGAAAAAGGCGAAAUGUUACACAGGGCGCAAAGUAACCCUGAAUUAGAAGAAUUUUAUAGGCAGUAUAACCAUAGGUUCAGUUUUUCAGCUUUUAUAUCUGGUAAGAAACAAACUGGUUUUGGUGCAGUUGUUGGUGGUGCUUUUAAUAAAGCAGUUGGAGCUAUUGCUCAGCCUACUGGAGCAGCUGUUGGUCGAGUUGCUGGUGCAGCUAUUGGUACAGCUAUUGCUGGGCCUGCUGGUGGAGUUGUUGGUGAAGCUGUUGGUGGAGCUGUUGGUGGAGUUGUUGGUGGAGCUGUUGGUGGAGCUGUUGGUACAAUAUUUCAUAUAGUUUUUAAUGAGUAAUGUGAAAGAAAUUCUCAUGACCACUGGUGUAGGAGUCCUAAAAUCACAUUCUGACAAAAAUCCUCCACUCUUCAAUUGGGAAAAGGCUCAGAGAAAUAAGUAAAAACAUCUUCUUUAAUGAAGGAAUCUUUAGCGAUGUAACCCACCAAUAAAAUGAAAUAGCCAGACUGUCCCCCCAGUAUUUGAUAUUUGUGAUGCUGCACAUUACGCAGUGCUCGCUUUAUAGGAUGACAAAAGUUUUAAAGUUACAUUUUUUGGCUCGUCUUCUGCAGUGCUCUAACAUUGCUCAUCAAUGUCAAAAUGAGUGAGAUGGCCAAUCAAAUCAAAGAAGGCUGGCUUUUACACAAAUGAAUUUCAACAUGACACUUAGUUUUAUGGUGGAAGAGUGUGUGGUAUGGUGUAAGUAGCUAAACAUUUAACAUUUGACUGUUUUAUGAUAGAAAUCUUUAACGACUGACAGUAAAGCCCAAAGUAUACUUUGGGUAUACAGUAUACAAAGUAUACAGUCGAACACGUAGCCUUUUGAAGCAGGGGCAGACUUAACCAAUAAGUGAGGUAAGUGGCCACUUACCCCAGAAAAUCAGGGGGCCCCAUCUGAUACGGGCGAAACAUAUUUGGCAAACGCUCCAGUAUUUAUGUUCUGGAGAACACAAAGUGCUGAGUUCUGCAAGCUCGUGAAUCCUUUCAUUAUAACAGCGUGUAGAUACGAUGUAAAUAACAGAUUGAUUGUGCAGUGACAACAGCUUCACUGAUUAACAGAACAUUGUGUGAUCGCAAUGAACUGAAGUGAAUGACAUCUUUUAGUGAUUAUAGAGGAAGCACUCUGCACACGUUCUAGGCUGUCUCAGAAUGAAUAUAUUAACCUCAGAGAAGAAAAUAUUGUUUCGUGUCAUGAUUUUAUUUGUCUUGAUGUUUCAAAAUGACUCGCUUGUGUGCUUUUCCUAUGUGCACUAGGGUGAACUGCUGCAGGAAUGUGAUGACUGGAGAUUUUUGCUUAAAAAUAGAUUAUUUUUUCAAUUUGUAUCUUGGCAAACCCCUUAAGAACACUUGGAAUACGGAACAAGUUGCAUGGGAUAAUUUUAUGACAUUUGACUCCUUUUUGUAAAAAUAUCGAAGAAGGUUAAAAUUCAUUAAAUGGACAAGUGCAAGCAUUUUUUAUGUCUUCUUUUUUGAUCCGAAAAAAAAAAAAAAUAUGCCUUGUAAAUGGCUUUAGAAGUUGUUAAGAGGAAAACAAACUAUAAACUAUGAGAGAGAGAGAGAGAGAGAAAUAAGGGUUAGGCAUAAAAGAGCAAAUAGUUAUUGCGUUGGGGCCCCAUACCUGAAAUUUGCUUAGGGCCCCCAAAUCACUAAGUCCACCCCUGUUUCAAAGUAUACUUCAUUUAAUAGUGUGCACAAAUGCAGGCGGUCGACACACUCUAGAAAUCUUCCUCUUAGUUCAGUGUCUGUGCUAUAUUUCUACAGAAGUUAUGACCAAUAAAAAUGUCUUUGUACUCUUUUAAAUUAAAAUUGCAGCAAUAUCAUAAAACUCUCACACAAGCGCUUGUCGAUGCGGCCGUUUUGUUGCAGUCUUCGCUAAGUUGUUGCUGUUAUUGUUCCAUCUCUUUAAUUUAGUUUAGAAUCUCAUUAGUUUAAUUUUCUACUGUGAAACAAUGGCUGGGGCCAGUGGUGCUACCUUGUGGAACCACUGAUUAGUGCAAAACAAAUUCAAUGUACUACAAAGAAUGCAUCGUUACAAAAAUCAGUUGGUGCGCAUACAGUAGCAUGUACUAUUCUGAUAACCAAAUUUAAAUCAUGCACUGUAGGCAUUCCAUAGUUUACACGUAAAAAAGUAUACUUUGGCCUUAAUGACCAGUAAUGCCAAAUAUUAAACUUUUAUCAAUGAGAUUUCACUUUUUUUUUAUUAAAAGUAGUCUAUUUCAUGUACAUGAUUCUAUAUAUAUGUAUACCCAAAGUUCUGUCAUGAAAAACUAGAUGGCGCAGUCCGAUAGGUCUAACUUAAUCUGACAUAAUGACAUCAUUAUCACAUGGGACAUCUGAUUGGUUCUCUUCUGUAUCAGCAGCCAAUGAGCUCAUUGCUCAACAUUCAAAUACUUGGCUAGUGCAUGCCGUAGCAGUUGCAGCACGCUUUUGAAACCCUCCACCUUUCCCAGCUCCACCUGUAUAGAUCUGCUAUGGGGUGAUUCAUGUAUGCUUUAUGGAGGUUAUUUAUAUAUGUUAAAUCUGCAGCAGCAGUAUUUCCUACAUGCUCACAGCAGCAUGUUGUGGAUGUUUUGGCAGUAGCAAGCCUCAGUACUUGCUCUUCCACAGCAGCAGCAGCAGCAGCAGCAGCGUAGCAGAUCUAUUCCACCAAGACAAAAUACAUUAACAGUGUUGUGUACAGUACCAUGCCAAUCCCUUCAAGAGUUGUCAUGACAGAAAUAUAAAUUCAUUAAUUUGUGCUGGUAGCAGAGUGAAAACAUUUAUUUUAUUUUAUUUUUUAAGUCAUUUCUAAAACAU